AUGAUCCUGAGGUCUUCUGUUUUUCUCCUUUUCUUUCUGGCAUGUAUUCUCGCGAAACGAAUCGAUUUGCAAAACCGUGGAGAAGAUGAUUCUGAGGAAGAAGAAGAAGAAGAAGAGGAAGACGAGCAGCUCACGGACAAGAAGUCAAAGUCAAUGUACGAGUUUCUCUACAAACGUAUGAAUCAGGAAGUGGUGGCGAAGAAGAGACUCAGUCCGAACAUUUACACCAUUCCUGGUAACGACCCCUUUCACAAUUCUAACCAUUAAAUGUGCUCAGGUCCUCAGGAACCCCUUCCCGGACGUUCUCAUCAGGGAGAUUACUGGCCAGUGUUCCCAUUCCAGAAUCAGUAUUCCGGAGGUCUUGACUUGGAUCCUGCCAUCUCCCGUCACAUCGGAGGAGACUUCAAUCUUGCCGUUCCCUCGUGGGGAGUCCUCGAUAUCUACGGACGCUUCUACAACAGAAUUCACGACACGACCAGCAAGUUCGGAUAUGUCAACCAUCCAGUCAACAUGCUCGAUUUGGAGAAGGAGGACUUUGUGAAUUGAUGAGUGACCCCGCGAUGCACGCAAACAGACGUAGGAGAACUCUGGUAGCCAACAAAUAAGAUAUCGUCUCUUUUUCAGAUGCUCAUCCGACACUUCCGCUCGGAAAGUUCGGAAAAACAUACGUUCCAUUGAACUGCAAACCACCGAUGUGUAACCCGUAUCAAAUGAACUUCGGGCUUGGAGUGAGUGGAGGAAUUAGAAGGAUUUCAGACGGAAUCCAUUUCAGAUCGAACACGAUUGGGGAGGUUCGGACGGUGUGGAAGGAGACAUCGAUGUUCCGUUGCCAGUGUCCAAAGGAAUCGCCUACAGAAUGCCAUUCUCCGGAAAUGUUUACUACAGUUCGUUUUCUUUUCUUGUUUUCAUCUGAUUUGAAUUCGUUGCAGAUCGUGACAACGUCACUGUCACUUACGGACAGAAUCUCGGCCCGAUCGAGCCCUUUUCAAGUUUGUUCGACUAUCAAAAAACCAGAGAUCCUGCGUUGGCAAUCCCGAGAAGAUGGACGAGAAGCAUACGGGAACCGGUCGAGAUGCAACAAAGAUCGGUGACGCAGAGAAAGAUGAUGAUGAUGAUGCCACCUGGAAUGGGAUUCAUGCCUUAUCCGAAUGCUCAGACUCAGUUCUUACCACAAAUGAUGCAGCAACCGUACUACAAAGACUACAGACAUUUGUAUCCGUCGAUGAUUCCGUACCAGUUCGUGCAGGCUCCGAUCAAAAGACGAAGAAAGUACAGAGUAAUCCCGAACUAUCACUAUGUAUACUUUUAA